AACAGCCCUGAGUGAACCUGAGUUAUAGGAACUCUACUUAGAUUUUAUUGGAAAUAACGUCUUGUUUUUGGAAAGUUAUUGAACAUUACAGAAGCUGCUUUGGGAAUCCUAAACGAUUUUCUUUAAAAUUAGAGGAUUUUAUCCUUUUACUAAUAUAGUCUAUAUAAACAUUUUAAUCUGUAUCAGUCAUUAAUGGAUAAUAAUUCAUGCAACGCAAAGUUUUAAACCGUUCACUUCUUUUAUUUAAAGCACAGGAUGUAAACUUUGUUUAGUAAAUAAUAAAAAAAUUACAGUGGAAAAGUGCAGCUUUAGGAUUCUGAAUGAAAAAUAUCCCAUUGAACUCCUGUAUAGACCUGAAGAGGAUCUCAAAUGAAGAGGAUCUCCUGUAACAGAAAUCUGUAGAAGUGGAACUUCAGGAUCUUUACGCCUCGUCCUUUAACUAUAACGUCUUAUAGGAUGAGACGUAAAGACUGUAAGACGUCCUAUAACUGCCUGUAGGAAUAUUACAGGAAUUAUUUCAAAAUAUGAUAGAAAUGCUGAUUAGUUUCUGUACAAGUUUCUUACUGGAAUGUUUUAGGAUUUUGGAUUGACAAGGAUUUCUAUCUAUCUAUCUGUUAAAACUGAAACUCCUUAAUAAAGAGGAUAAAGAAAGGUGUGAAUAUGAUUUAUUUUUGUCAUUAUACGUCAUAUUCGUGCGUCACUGAGGCUCAGAUUUCUGUAAUUUCAGGGCUGAUCUGACCAGAAAAACAGGUUCUUGCUCCACAACACACUACACCAUGGACAAAUCUGGUUUAAAAGCUGUUUACAGAACAAAUAAUCAAAUUUCUCUUCACUUCAAGGACAUGAUAUAACUGGGAAUGUUCUGUUUAAGGGACACGGUUUUAAAAAUUAAAUAGAAACAUAUCAUAAGCAUAAGGCAGCUGAAAGUGUUGUUAAAGGUGAUAAUCCCUGUGCUGACUCUCCUGUUACAGGUGGUGAUCCUGAUCCUCAGGCGCUUCCAGGAAUUUACUUCCGGCAUCAGGGAUGACGCGGCACGCACGGCGCCGUGGCCACGCCCACUUUUCCCUUUCACAUUACGCAGGCUGGAGAAGCAGCACACACACACACACACACACACACAGAGCAGCGGGAAAAACACAAACUACAGGCUGGUUUUCACGCCUGGCGGAGUGGACAGCGUCUGAGCCUCAGUGUGGGAGGAAAUAAUCGGAAUAAAGUCGCUUUAUGAGCCUCAGACGUGCAGUUUGAGCUGCAGAUUGUGUUAUUGUGUUUAGAUGCGCCACAGUGUGUGUUACUAUACACCGAGCUACAAGUCGGAUGCUGACGUCAUAACGAGGAAUCCUCUCUGAAGAUUUCUGGACUGUUCCAUUUUUAUAUUUACGGGGGAGGAGGAGUGAAACGUGAACCAACCAAAAUAAAACUGGCACUUCAGAUGUCCCACAAUGUCUCGGCGACAUCAUGACUCCUAGAUUGUUUAGCUUGUACUGUGAUGUCACACUGACCCCGCCCCUUCUCUGACUCGGCCAUGAAGGAGGUGGGGCGCUGGUCAGCAGCAGAGGUUUCUGAUUGGCUGGCCGAGGAGGGAAUGCCGGAAUAUUCCGACGCUCUCAGGAACGUAGACGGCGCGGCUCUUUUGCGACUUUCCGAGUCGGAUUUUCAAAACCCACCGUUGUGUCUGGUCGCUGGAGACAACGGGAAGCGUCUUCUGGAGCGCCUGGAGACGCUGCGCAUCGCCAACCACAUGGGUAACCAUGGAAACAAUCGUCAAGUCAACGGGGACGUCGGAAACGGGAAGAUACACAACGGGGUGCCAAAGAACGGAUUCCGAUCAGACGCGAUUCAGAUCCAUAUUCCUCUUCCAGCCGAGAACGAGCGCACGGCGUUUCCGACAGAGUGGUGCAAAACGGGCGUGGCCUUUGGAUACGCGUUGUGCUGCUUCGUCACAACGUCGAUUAUGAUUUCCAUCGUGCACGAACGAGUGCCAUCCAAAGAGGAGUCUCCGCCCCUGCCGGAUAAGUUCUUUGAUCUGUUUGACCGCGUGCAGUGGGCGUUUUCUAUCUGUGAAAUCAACGGCAUGCUCCUCGUCACUGUGUGGUUCAUACAGUGGAUCCACCUCAAACACAGGUCCAUUGUUGGUCGCCGUUUCUUCUUUAUCGUUGGAACACUGUACCUGUACCGGUGUGUGACCAUGUACGUCACCACCUUACCUGUGCCAGGCAUGCACUUUAAAUGCGCACCCAAGUUGUUCGGGGCCUGGGAGGCUCAGGGGAGACGCAUUAUGAAGAUGAUCUCGGGCGGCGGUUUGUCCAUCACGGGCUCUCACUCCCUGUGUGGUGAUUAUCUGUACAGCGGACACACCGUCAUGCUAACGCUAACAUACCUGUUUAUUAAAGAGUAUUCUCCGCGGAGGUUCUGGCCCUAUCACUGGGCGUGUCUCAGUCUGAGUGUCAGUGGGAUUUUCUGCAUCCUCUUGGCUCAUGAUCACUACACGGUGGACGUGGUGGUGGCGUACUUCAUCACCACACGCCUCUUCUGGUGGUACCACACUCUGGCCAAUCAGCAGUGUCUGAAACAGGAUUCGCAGAUUAACGCGUUUUCUCGCGUCUGGUGGUUUCGUCUCUUCAGCUACUUCGAGCGAAACGUCCAGGGCGUCGUCCCUCGCCACUACCAGAUGCCGUUGCUGUGGCUCCCGUUACCAUGGCGACUGUCUCCAGGGGGCCGGGCGAAGUACAGCCACAUGGACUCGCUCUAACCUCGGAGGUGGGAAAGAAAGCGACAGAGACUCGUUUCCCAUCAGCCCCUGCAGCCUGGGCUCAACACUGUGAUGUGGAUUUUCCUUCUUUACGAAAUUUUUUUUAAACCGUAAAACGUCCCGAAAAGACGACGUAGCGCCAAGAAAUCGAUUUUAAUAUAUACGACGCUGCCGAGAUUUCUGAUCUAAACACACACAUAUAAAUAUAUAAAUAUAAAUAUUAAGGGUAAAUUAACCGCCGAAUAGUAUCUGAAGAUUUUUUUUGAUAUUUUUUAUAAGUACGUUGUAAUCGUAUUAAUUGUUGCGUAGGAGAAUUUUUCUAAAGACUUUGGCAGAUUUAUUUUCCCAAAGUAAAAAAAAAAAAAAGAGAAGUAUUGGAUGUUUUUUAGAUUUGUAUUUUUCCCGAAUGCUGGAGCGUCUUAACGGGAGAGUGGAGAUUUUUUCAGUGCCUUCCUCCUCAGCGAUUCUACACCCCGCAGUUUCACACACGGCUGUUAGCUUGUUCGCGUGUUCGCAAAUUCACCUCGAGCUCUGAAUGUUUAUUUGUCUUGUUGUGACCAAAUCGUUUGAAUGUAGGUUAAAGGUCAAGUUCGCAUCACCUGAUCGUCCAAAGAGAUUUUAAAUCUUUCUGUUUUUUUUUUUUUUUUGUCCUAAUAAUUACAUAUACAGUGUAUUAGAGAUGACUACGGUGGCCUGGAGGUGCAACACAAAACAAAAACACAACUGCAUUAACUCAGAACAAAAAGGGGCGGGGCUUAUUCAACAACACACGCUUGUUGCUGAUUGGACGCGGCAUGUAACUAUUAUAUUAACGUGAAGUUACGUCUGCUAUUCUUAAUAACGCUGCUUCUUUUUAGGUGGCUGUUGAAUUCUGCACUCUGAUUGGUCAGAAGGUGUUGAUUAAUUUUCUAUAACAGCAGCUCUGACGGUAGCGCAAGUUUAUAUUAAUGCACUCAUUCUGAUACGUUAUCGUUUCUAUAGCAACAGCUCAUUCACAGGGACGUGUACAGCGGAUGCUCCACAUAAACUGAGUUAAAAGAAAACAUGUAAGGAGAUGUUUAUGUAACAUUUAUGGAAGGAGUCUCCAGUGUCAGCGCUUUGUAACAGUCAGAGGUAAAGCUGUAACUUGAAGUUUUCCGACAUCUUCAGGACAGAGGAGUUUACGCUUCUUUGCGGUUUCUUGGUAACAUGCGUAAAAAGCUGCGAUUUCGCAGCUUCGAGAAAGGACAAGAAAAAAAAAAAAAAAAAGUGUGUUUAUAGCUGCUAGAACGUACGUGAGAACAGGAACUAGCUAGUUAAAUGUAACUAUAAAUGGAUAAAAAGUAUCACUUGUUAUUCUUUAAUAAAUUUAAAAAAUUGCGAUCGUCAUCAAAUUGCUGUAGUAUAAGAGGAAUAAAACGCUCAGUAUCAGGCUGCAUCACCACGUCCCACCCCGACGUGGAUUAUUUUCCUGUAACCGCACAGCCCUGAAGUGUGUUACUCCUUUAGCGUAUCUGAAACAACGUCAACGUAAAACAUAACAUUAUUAAAAAUAAACACGAAUAAAAGUGUCAGUAGGUUGUAAAGGAGCGUGUGAUGCUCGGUAAGGACCGCCCCUUUCUGCUUCACGUUAACGUUUAAGUGUUUCUGAUUCGUGGUUUUAAAGUGUUCUGCGCUUCCAGGCGCUUCCGUAGCCGAGCGAUAUGGUUCUCCGAUUUCAACGAUGUUACGAUGUUAAAUAUCGCAGUAACGUUUUCCGAGAGUAUUGUAGCGAUCGUCAACUUCAACCCUCGACCAGCUUCAGUUUUCCACUUGUUUCUUGUCUGUUAUAUUUGUGAUCAUUUUAAAUAUUAAAACAACGUAUUAAUUUACAGUUUUUAUAUAUUAGGACACAUAAAACGAAAACGUUAGCAAAAUUAAAUAUCGUGAUAAAAUCAUGACCAAGUAUGGCGAUGUGAUGUUUUGUGUCAUAUUGCUCAGCUUUACUGGCUGAGAGACAAAGUUUCCUACUAAAGACUUGCACAGAAUGUGUACAAAAUGGCGGACAGAAUAAACACUCCACUGCGGUGUAUUAAUAACAUUAUAAAUGCGCAUAUUUACGCAGAUAGUAUACGCAUAAUACAAUAGUAUUACGCAUAAUAUAAAUAAUAAUUAAGAAAUAAUAUUAUGUCACAUGACCAGAAUGUAUAUAUAUAUAUAUAUAUAUAUAUAUAUAUAUAUAUAUAUAUAUAUAUAGAGAGAGAGAGAGAGAGAGAAAAACAAAACGCUUUAUUAUUGAAUUAAAAAUUCUAAAUUCACAACCAGGAAACGUUUUUAUUCCUAAAACAACCACAAUUAUAUUUCUACACCAGUACAGUGUGUUCUGAUUGGCUGAGGGCAGUACACAGUGUUCUGAUUGGCUGAGGGCAGUACACAGUGUUCUGAUUGGCUGAGGGCAGUAGACAGUGUUCUGAUUGGCUGAGGGCAGUAGACAGUGUUCUGAUUGGCUGAGGGCAGUACACAGUGUUCUGAUUGGCUGAGGGCAGUAGACAGUGUUCUGAUUGGCUGAGGGCAGUACACAGUGUUCUGAUUGGCUGAGGGCAGUACACAGUGUUCUGAUUGGCUGAGGGCAGUAGACAGUGUUCUUAUUGGUUGAAAGCAGUACACAGUGUGUUCUGAUUGGCUGAGGGCAGUACACAGUGUUCUGAUUGGCUGAGGGCAGUAGACAGUGUUCUUAUUGGUUGAAAGCAGUACACAGUGUUCUGAUUGGCUGAGGGCAGUACACAGUGUUCUGAUUGGCUGAGGGCAGUACACAGUGUGUUCUGAUUGGCUGAGAGCCGUACACAGUGUGUUCUGAUUGGCUGAGAGGAGUACACAGUGUGUUCUGAUUGGCUGAGAGCAGUAUAAAGUGUCCUGAUUGGCUGAGAGGAGUACACAGUGUGUUCUGAUUGGCUGAGAGGAGUACACAGUGUGUUCUGAUUGGCUGAGAGGAGUACACAGUGUGUUCUGAUUGGCUGAGAGGAGUACACAGUGUGUCCUGAUUGGCUGAGAGCAGUAUAAUGUGUCCUGAUUGGCUGAGAGCAGUACAGUGGUCUAUUGUAACUUUAACAUACCAGUGUGUGUGUGUGUGUGUGUGCGCAUUGGAGUAUUACACACACACACACACACAGCAUUAGUUUAAUAACAUGAAUGUAAAAAUAGAAUAUUUAUUGAAUGUUUUUGAAGAAAUGAAGGACUUUAUAACAAAUUCUAAUCCAAUCGCCUCAAAAACGUUUGAUUGCAGAGCAGUGUGUCAUCUCAAUCUUCCGUAAACGUAGCUCUCUCGCUAACAGGCUUCGAGUCUGGGCUAAAGUUCAGUUGCUACGGCAACGUGAAGGUGGUCAGGCGUGUGCUGAUAAUCAGUAACACAAAAAACCUCAUGAUAUUUAACACACAACCUUGUUAGAUUUCAAACCAAACAAACAGCCGGAGCGAUGUAGCGCACAGCUUUCGUUUCCGAGCGCGUUUAACGUAAAAACUGCUAAAAUUCCGAACGACAUGCUGAAUACGGCUUCAUCUUUAUUUCUUUAAAAAUAUUCUCUCUUACAUUUCUUUCUCUGUUUGAUCACAAAAUUAUCGAGAAUUUAAAAUCAUCCUCCGUUAUAGCUGCCAAUCAAACUUCCUGACAUUUUUUUGUGUUAAAUCUAAGCGUAUUAAUUUUUAUAUAUAUAUUUUUCAUGUUUUACGUUAAUCAGAAACUCACGUAAGUAAUUAUUUUCCCUGGUUGUCGAUGUUUAUCUGUUUGUGUGUUAAUAAAGGAGUAUAUUAUGAAAGACCCAAGGGGCGGAGUUUGAAUAAAAUCUUUUAUUCUGUA